CCCCGGCACUGCCGUGUGCGGUGCCUGCCGCCUCCGGUGCGCGGGUUGUGGCACUUCGGUUCUUCUCUAAAAUGGUGCCAGCAGCCUUGGCUGGAAGCGAGCGCGUGCGGUGGCGGAUACGUGCCAGGAGAGCGGGGAAGGCUCUGGUGCUGCCGAAAGGGAGGAAAACAAGCUGGGGAUUUGAGAGAUUAUGGCAUCUGAAGCUCACAAUGUUAAAAAACAGAAGGUAUUGCUUAUUGAAGGUCAUCCCAUUGAUCUCCCCAGAAAAAGAAUCUCUUCUUCCACUAAAAAGAUCAUGAAGGAGGGUAAGAAAUCUCCAAAACAGCUGGCUUCAUACACAAACAGAGUAACGGUUGGAAAAACAGUGACCAGUCCCCUCUCUCUUUUCAAAGUGGUGUAUUGUAAAAGGAAAGUUCAUUGUUAUACUCCAAAGCCUUGUUACAGAAAGAAACUGUGCCCUAAAUCUAGGGGCCGUGACAUGGCAAAUAAAGAAAAUGAACUGGCUUGUGCAGGGAAUCUGCCAGCAAAACUUCACAACAGUCGGACACACUUGCUGAAUUCUAGUGACUCUGGCUCGUCUCAAACAGAAGGCCCCUCAUCCAAAUACAGUGCAUUUUUUUCAGAGGUUUCUCAGGACCAUGAAACUAUGGCUCAAGUUCUUUUCAGCAGGAAUCUGAGACUGAACGUAGCUUUAACCUUUUGGAGACGGAGAAGUAUAAGUGAACUUGUAGCCUACUUAGUGAGGAUACAGGAUCUUGGAGUAGUAGUAGACUGCCUUCCUGUGCUUACGAACAGUUUACAGGAAGAAAAACCCUAUGUUUCAGUUGGCUGCUGUGUAGAUCUUUUGCCUUUAGUGAAAUCUCUGCUUAAAAGCAAGUAUGAAGAAUACGUGAUAGUGGGUUUAAACUGGCUUCAAGCUGUCAUUAAAAGAUGGUGGUCAGAGCUAUCUGCACAUACGGAAAAGGCAGAAGAUGGAAACAUUCAUAUUUUAAAACAACAGCUAAGUGUUUUGUGGGAACAGGAGAAUCAUCUUACUCUGGUUCCAGGAUAUACUGGUAAUAUAGCUAAGGAUGUAAAUGCUUAUUUAUUGCAGCUACACUGACAUGAUGGGGAAACAGUGUGCUUAUGUGAUGAAACAAUCCCCUAAAGUAUCCCUGAAAUAUGUGCUGAAAGCCUUUUGAGAAAUACUGGCAGAAGAGAACUGAACUGUCAAGCUGUUUAAUGAAACCACUAACAAAACCCUAACAAUCUACUUCACAUUGAAGUGGAAAAAUGUCUAGUAGGAGCAACUUUUACUUCAGUGAGGUGAAAGUGCACUAUGAAAACUGUAUGCCUUUGCUGCAUUUGGGAUUCGCUCAGUUACUAGGUAUUCCUUUAAAUGCUACUGUACUUUACAACAUCAUCGCAUGAAAGAAGAUGAACUGUAUUGUCAUGAAGACAAGACAGCAGAACCAGUUUUAAGGAACCAAGAAAACCAAUCAGCAUUAAGAGCUUUUAAAUGUCUCUUUCACAAGAGAACUCCAAAAUGCACAACUAUCUUCCAAUUGCAUAAAAAAUACAAAAAACUUUGGGAUAUUCAGUUACUUGUAUGUUUUAAUCAAAUUAUUAAAGACAGUUUUUGUUUGCACUAUUGAGAAACUAUACAGCAAAGAUGCCUUAAUUACUAGUGUUUCAAAAAGCCAAUGUGUUAAGAUGCAAAUAGCUAUUAUGUUCAGAUUGUGAUGAAAAACUACAGAAAUCAGGGUUUCACAUUGUGUAGUUAAUGAAACAUUGCACAUAUACAAAGAUUCAUGUAUGAAAAAUAUUAUAAAUACCUGAAGUUAAGCUUGGGUAAACAGUUAUUGCAAAUGUCAGCAGAAUGGUGAAUUUAUGUCUAACAAAUGUUUUUAUAUUGUAUGUGGAUUUCUAACACGGUAAUCUUGUUCUGUAUCAUUCAAACUACAUGCAAAUAAGUAAAUAUAUUAAAUAUAUCUAC